UUGGCGGCAGAUAGGAUUGUGGACAUGGAUUGCGGGCUGUAUUGUCGGUAUCGUUAUCGGGUUAUUGGAGAUGACCGCUGGUACGAAACAACCGAUAACCGUACCGAUUUUGGGAAAUUCAUGUUUAGGAAUUUGAUGCUCUAGAUUUAUUGUUCUGUUCCGUCGAGGGAAAAGGUUGUGUUUGGUAGUCCAAACCAAGCAACAUUUUAUUGUUGUGAAAUGAAUGUGUCUACAAAACUGUAAAAGCUACAAAAUAGUGCUGCAAUAAUUUUUUUAUUGAAACCAUUUUUUUGAGUUUCCUAAAAAACCCGUUUUUUAAUAAUAAAAAGGUAUGCGGUUUCAAAAUCACAGAGAGUAAACUUCCCGUCAAAAGAUUAUUUGAUUGUAUGGCUGAAAUCCAUUUUACCCCAAAGUUUACGCUUCGUUUGAAGUCCCAUUUAUGCACCGCUAAACUGCAAUAAUGUUUAAAGCGCCUAAAGGUAUGCAAUGCUCAACACACCUGGUAAAGGUGUCUACGGUUCGUAUGAAUUAGAGACAUUAGAGAUGUGAAGGAGAAGAUCAUUGCAUCAGUUAUCGUUUCACGCCAAUUGCCUCCCUUCAACAGAUUUGUUACGUAUAUAAUAUCGAUCUUAUCGUAAUGAUUUCUAAUCUUAGCUUCAUAGACAGUCUGCCUGACGUCAAACUGUACAAACAGCCGCUGAUGUCCCUUUUUGGAACGUAUAGAUUUGGCAUUUCUCUAGAUAAUUGCAAUACAUACAAACUGAACUCAUUGUUCACGCUAACCUUACCUCAUAACUUCUCAAAACCAAAUGUUCCAACUCUGAACGUUAUCACAAAAAAAAACCAAUUGCACACUGAAUGCCCAUUCGCGUGCUGGUGUUACAAUCGUAAACUCAAUACAACCUCCGAUAAUAGAUAUCGGUUAAUCGUGUUAGGUGGGCAAAUUUGAUAAUACCAGUUAUCUCGGCCGAAUUAUUUAUCCCCAGACUCGAUUGACCACGGACGGAAGUAAUGGGUUUAACAUUGAAUUGCUCACGGGAACCUUCACGAACUCCAUGCGGACUCGUGUGUUUGUUACAUAUCCUGCUGUAAUAACAACCGAUGCGCACACUUAACAAUGAAUCGGUAGAUGCAUCUGGCAGGGCGUUUCAUGCCCUAAUACGUCCCACAGUCCCUUCAAAAGUGCUGCAAAAGAGAGCUGAAACUGAGAUACGCCCGAGGGAUUAUCGGUAGCGUGCGAUAGGACCAGAUUCGAUAAUCUGCGAGGUUUAAGGCAGGAGGGUAUAAAAGCUACCCCCAGGGCACCGUAGCCCGAUCGGUGUAGAGUCCAUGGUGGCCUACGGUGCUGACUGGAAGUAUUUCGUUGGGUUGUGUUAAGUGUGUCCGGGUGUGUAUACUACAAUGAAACGAUUUCUUGCGAUCCUGGUGGCCUUUGCCAUUGGGUGUAGUGACGUGGCGCACGGUAUGUUGCGUGAGUCAUGGUUCGAGACACGUGUCGAUCAUUUCAACCCGCGCAAUCAGGACAAGUUCGCCAUGCGCUACUACAUCAACGAUGAGCACGCGUACGCCCGGGGACCAAUUUUCAUUGUGGUCGGUGCCGCCGAGCCGAUCCAGACGCGAUGGAUCACCGAAGGACUGUUUUACGAUAUUGCGUAUCUCGAGGGCGCUUAUCUGUUUGCGAACGAGCUGAGAUACUUCGGAUAUAGCCGACCGGUAGAAAAUGCAGAGACGGAGAAUCUGGAUUUCCUCAAUGCCGACCAGGCGCUGGCCGAUUUGGCCGAGUGGAUCACCUACCUAAAGGAAACGUACACCUACAACCCGAACGCGAAAGUCAUCCUGAUGGGUACGGCUUACGGUGGUGCCCUAGCCACCUGGUUCCGCCAGAAGUAUCCUCACCUUGUGGACGGUGUCUGGGUGUCGAGUGGUGCCAUCGAGGCUGAUUUUGCGUUCGCCGGCUACAACGAAGCGCUCGGGGAAAGCAUCCGCCAGUACGGUAGCGACGCGUGCUACAGCACCAUCUGGAGUGGGUUCCGCGUGGCGCAGAACAUGGCACACCUCGGGCUAGCCGAGCUGCUCUCGACCGAGUUCCAUCUAUGCGAACCGCUCGACACCGAUAACGAUCUCGAUGUGCGUGCAUUCCUGCUCGGUCUGCGGGACGACAUCGAGUUCGAGAUGCUGCAUCUGCGCAACAUCAACUCGAUCCGCGAAAUGUGCGCCGAGAUGGAGCAGCAGCGGGACAGUAGCCUGAACGCACUGAUUGACUGGUUUGCCCGCGAACAUCAGUACGAGCAGUGUGUGCACCUCAACUUUGACAGGUACAUGGAGCGGUACCUCGAGACGGACUUUAACGCUGCCAACUUGCAGGCCGGUCACCGCCAACGGCUCUAUCUCCAGUGCACGGAGGAGGGCUUUUUCCCCACGACAUCCGAGUCGGAGGAGCAACCGUUUGGUAACAUGAUCGGGCCGGACUUUUUCGUGAAGGUGUGCCAACGUGCGUUCGGCGAAUGGCUUACAGAGGACGUGAUCUUCAAGCAGCUGAAAUCGACCAACACACGCUUCGGUGGGCUGCAGCCAGCGAUCGAGCGGGCCCAUUUCACCAACGGUGGCAUCGAUCCGUACCGCGUUAGCAGUCCGCUCGAGGAUCUCAAUCCCAAAGCGCCGGCCACACUCAUCCCGGACACGUUCGUGUCACCCGAUCUGGACUCGAUCGACUACGAGAACGAUUCGGAGGAGUUGAUUGCGGCCAAGGAGCGCACGCGAACGCUCAUCGACACGUGGAUCUUUGAGGAUUAUGAACCGAUUCACGCUUAGGUGGAAAUCUUUUUUUUAUAUUGCCUAUGUUUAAAUAAAUCACGAUACCUUCCCCUACCCGUA